AUGCUCACUCUAGCUCCAUGCGCUCCAUGUGAGAGAGAGGAUGCGAAAGGCUGCGGCAAAAUGCGCCGUACGAAUUUGAUUCUUCUCGCUGCUACUCAGAUGAGUGCAGCCAAGUCCCUGGGCUUCAGCAUUCAUGAUGACAUGCUGGCAUUUCCUCAGUUUGAGGUUGUCUUCGACAAGACCCAUGUUUCCGAGAGGGAUGCGCAGGCGCUUGUGGAACGCGGCAGACAAGACGCGACGUAUGCGGCCGACUUUUCUGACUCGACCAACGGUAAUGGCCACGCGACGACAACAGCCUCCACCCCUGCCGCUGCCUCGGCACCCAGAUCCGCCGACUCGGACGAAAUUGUAGGCUUCUCGUACGAAAUCCUGAAAAUGUCGCCGCACCGAUAUCUGUGCACGAUACCCACCAUCCGACCCCCCGGUCCGGUGAACGCGACGGACAAUGCCCUGGCCAAGGCCGAGGAGGAGCGGGAACGUCACCGAGCCACCGUCAAAGGUUGGGAGCUCUUGCACGGCCUCCAAGACUUUUGCCUGUAUUACGUUUCCGGGUGGUGGAGCUACAGCUUCUGCAAAAACCGCGAAAUCGUCCAAUACCAUGCCGUCGCUGCCACCGGCAAGAGCCAGGUCCCGAAACGAGACCCAAAUGGCCAAGAGUACAUACUGGGACGGGUACCGACUCUGCCCGCGACAACGGGAGAUGAAAAAUCAAGGAAGCAGCGUGAUGCCAACGAACCCGCGCGCCUCCCAGCCGAGUUGCAGAUCAAAGGUGAUCAACGAUAUCUGGUCCAAAGGCUAGGCGGUGGCACUGUCUGCGACUUGACGGGUAAGGAGCGCACCAUCGAGGUUCAGUACCAGUGCGUACCGGGCCUGAAGCACGACAAGAUCGGAUGGGUCAAGGAGGUCAUCACCUGCUCGUAUGUCAUGAUGAUCAACACGCCUCGCCUGUGCAGCGAUGUUGCUUUCCAACCCCCUGCGGGUAAUCCUGCGAACCCAAUAACCUGCCAGUUGAUCUCGGAUAUCAGCGAAGCAUCUCAACCCCUCCUGGACCAGCAAACUUCCGCUAUCAAGGCAGCAGAGGAACCGAAAGACGGGAUCGGCACGGAUGAUGGCCACCAGCUGACAAGCAAGAAACACGAGACACCGCAAAUCACCAUCGGAGGGGUGCUGGUGGGGGGCAAACGGGCACUUUCCAGCGGCGACGAAGACGGGAAACCCGUCAAACUCGACCAACUCGGUAACUUGUUCGUCCCCAAGCCCAAGAUUCUGGAGCUCAUCGCCGAGGCAGCGAGCAAAGCCGAGGGCGGCAAAGUCAAGGAGCUGACAGCCGAGGAGCUCAAAGGCCUCAACGUUGACCCAAAAACGGUCAAGGAGAUGCGAGAAAAGCUAAAGAAGCUCGCUGGCGACUCGGGCUGGAAGAUGCAACUAUUCCAGAUGCAUGAAGAGGACGAGCAGGAGCUGCUUGGAUUCAUUGACGAGCCAGGCACGGCCCAUGGGAAAAUAAAGUCUACAAAGAGCAAGGAAAAGAACCAGGAGGGGAAUGGCGGUCGAAACGCAAAGGAUGACAAAGACCCGUCAAAGGGGCGUAAAGACGGAGCGUCCGAAGAGAAAAAGAGGGACGGAGAGGGCAGCCAAGAGAGGUUUUUUGAGCGAGACGAACUGUAG